UUUCCUCUGUGUGGUGGUGGUGACGGCGGCAGUAGGUUUUUAUUCCAAAUGUUUGCGUGCAGAGUGAACUCCACACACUCUCCCUCAAGGCAUCUCGAAUUGGAUGUCUUGAGAUUGAGGUUUAUGAGGAGGGGCCUUUGUUAUGGUGUGUUUUGUUUCUGUAGAAAACAAAAUGAAGUCUUUAGUUACUCAUGACGGGUAAAGCUACAUUACAUUGUCUGUACUCAUGGAAAGGAGUCCUUGAACUGUUUACAUGCCUAUCAGGAAACAAAGCAAGCACAAGUAAAGAAAUGAGUCGCCAGACUGCCACAGCACUCCCAACAGGUACAUCGAAGUGUGCUCCAUCACAGAGGGUGCCCGCGCUGCAGGGCACCACAGCUUCCAACAAUGACUUGGCCAGUCUCUUUGAGUGUCCUGUCUGUUUUGACUAUGUACUGCCACCCAUUCUUCAGUGCCAGAGCGGGCAUCUGGUUUGCAGCAACUGUCGCCCGAAGCUCACGUGCUGUCCAACAUGUCGAGGCCCACUGGGCUCCAUUCGGAACCUGGCUAUGGAAAAGGUGGCCAACUCUGUACUGUUUCCUUGUAAAUACGCCUCUUCAGGAUGUGAGAUAACGUUGCCACACACAGAGAAAGCGGACCACGAAGAGCUUUGCGAGUUCAGGCCUUAUUCUUGCCCUUGUCCUGGAGCCUCGUGUAAAUGGCAGGGCUCCCUGGAUGCCGUCAUGCCUCAUUUGAUGCAUCAACACAAGUCUAUAACAACGUUACAAGGGGAAGACAUUGUCUUUCUGGCCACAGACAUUAAUCUUCCAGGAGCAGUCGACUGGGUUAUGAUGCAGUCCUGUUUUGGGUUCCACUUUAUGUUGGUCUUGGAGAAACAGGAAAAAUAUGAUGGCCACCAGCAGUUCUUUGCUAUCGUCCAGUUGAUUGGAACACGCAAGCAGGCAGAAAACUUUGCCUACCGACUCGAGCUGAAUGGUCAUCGCCGGCGGCUGACCUGGGAAGCAACGCCUCGCUCAAUCCACGAGGGGAUCGCCACUGCGAUCAUGAACAGCGACUGUCUGGUUUUCGACACUAGCAUUGCACAGCUUUUUGCUGAGAAUGGAAAUCUAGGCAUAAACGUUACAAUCUCAAUGUGCUGAUGCAGCGGGUGAAUGUUUGUUUGUUUGUUUUAGAGCAAUUCUAACAGUUCUAGUAUCACAUUUCAAGUAGAUUUUGAGGAAAAGACAUUUAUUGACAUUCACUGCCAAGUGUAACCCCUGUUUUUCUAGAUGGUUUGGGCUCAAGGUUUAAAAUGUUGGCUGAAAAAAAUGAGCUGCAUCUGAUAACACUAAUGUAUAAAACACCUUCUGUAAACCACUGAUACCUACCCUAAAUGGGCAACUUUUGUAAUAAAAUAAAUACUAAAAAACAAAAAACAAAACAAAAACACAAGCUAUAAAAGCUUGUAAUUUCUGAAUGAACUUCAGUGUUGUAGAUAAUAAUGUUUUUUUCUUUCCUUGACCAGCCAGGCUGGGCAGUACCAUUUCAAGUCACUGUUCCUCUCUGGUCACACUACAUAGUAUUGCUGCUCUUUGUAUUUCUGUGUAUUGAUAUUUUUUAAUAACUUUUUUUUUUUUUUUAGUUUUGUUUGUUUUCCAUUAAAUACAUUUAAAUUUAUUUUUCAUACUUUUGGUCAUUACUUAACUGAUGUGAUUUAUUUUGCUGUCCCACAAACACUUAUUAUUUUUUACAUUUUAUUUUCAAAUGGAUGUAGCCGUACAUUUCCCUUCCAGUAAGAGUUUUUUUUUGUUUAGGUUCUGACAGCUAGUUGGAAAAUACGGAAAUAACUUUAUUCUUCUUGGUAACCGUUUUAGUGCUAUUCCUGAUAUGUACUGUUGAUACAGGGCACAUUUUUGUUUUUGUAAAUCUGGCUUGGUACAGUAUAUUAUGUUUUGGCUGAGCAAUUUAGAUUUUUUUUUUAAUGUUUUAUGUGUUACAGUGGUUGAUUGGUUGCUCAAGGCGCCUUUAAUCAAUGCUGUCUUUUUAAGUAAAGCAGAGGCUAAUAUAGUUAAUCUUUUAGCAUUUCUUGUCCAGUUUCAUUAAGAAAAAACAUUAAGGUAUCUCUCAGCAAUAACAUAUGGCUACAAAAAUAGGUUCUGUGACUUUUUUUUUGUUUAAUGAAAAAUUCAGUAUUAUAAACAUUGCUUCUUUUGUUGGAGCUACAUUACUGACAAGAAUAUGACUAAUACAGACAGGUGGGGAAAGUAAGUAAAACUGUUCAAUUAAACAAACCAUAAUAUGCUGUAAUUGAAAGCCAUACACAAGCAUUGAGAUAAACUAGAUUUUCAUAUUGGCAGUUCUUACAGAUUUAAGAUCUAUUUGUAUUGCUAAUCUUUAAUUGUGUUCAUUAUAGCCAAGACUCUUUGUAAGUUUUGUUAUUGCCACUUAAGAAAUAACGUAACAAAUAGCAGUUUUGUUCUUCAUAUUUUCAGUGGUUUAUUUGUAUUUAUAAUAAAGUCAAAUGUUUCUAUAGUCUUUCUGUCCUAGGGCCUUUUUCUUUUUAGUCAUUGUUUGUUGGAGUCUGAUUUAUUGCAGAGCAAAAUAGAUGCACCAAGGGAGCUUGUGCAGGCUGUCCCCACUGAACCAUGUCUGAAAUGAGAUUGUAUAAGUUGUCCCCACUGAACCGUCUCUGAAGUGAGCUUGUGCAGGCUGUCUCCACUGAACCGUGUUUGAAAUGAGUGACUGCUGUUCUGCCUGUUCUAAUCUGCACUAAUGUCCAGUGCUCCCUUGCUUUUUGGAUUAGUGACCAAGACGUGAGAUGUGUCCUCAAGCACCAGACAGUUUGCAGUAGAAAUCAAAAAGAAAAGGGUACCAUCUGAAACCUGCUUCCAGGACUGAAGUAAUUCAAAUGGCUUAUUUUUGUAUUGAUUUGUUUUACUUCUUCCAUGUAACAGAUGCAUAACAGUAAUAAUGGAAUUUGUUUCUGGUAGCUUCUUGUGUGUUUUCUCCAUUUUGUCCACAAACUCACUCAAGACUUGACAUUACAUACCUUGUGCCUGAGCUUUAUGGACUACAGCACAAACAUCAAAGGAUUUUCAUAUUAUGCAGUAAGUUGCAUUUGUUUUACAUUCAGACAACAAUGAAUGGGUUAUGAAACUUGCAUUUAUACAAUAAUACCUGCAGUAAACCUUUUGCUGUAUACAAGAAUCAGAAUGGACUAUUUAAUGUCAGCACUGCGUGUGUUUUAUUUUCUUAUGAUGGCCCUCAUCUUGAUUUGCAUGUCACAAAUGUGUAUUCCAAUAAAAAUGUCAAAUUGUAAGUGCA